ACGGACGAGAUAUCGCGAUCAUGGGCUCGCUGCCAAAUCUUCACGAGUUGUCCAAGGACAAACUCGAAAGUCCUGCUUAUAGACCGGCUCCGAUCGGUGGUUUGGGACCCAUACGACUGCCAGCUCAGCCUCCGCCUUUAGCACACACACAUAGACGCGCUAGAAGCAGUGGACACCAUCAUGCCUUGUGGGACAACGAUGCUAUGCUAGAGCAUAUGGCAGCAUAUUCUCCCAUCUCCUGUCGGUCAACGAGGACAUCGGCAUUAUCGUGGCGUCGACGAGACUCGAUGAAUUCAUCGGCAGGGGCNNNNUCCGUUCGUCGAUUGAUCGCCGCCGUAAGGGCAGCUCCUUCCGGUCCUAGACCACCGAAGAAAGCCAUUUUGAGGCACUGUGCUGCUCUUCUGUUAGGACACGCGAGCUGUUCAGCCGCUACGCUGCCGAUAUUCCCAUUACAAGCCGGCCUCGGCACCUUUAAUCCUCAACUAGGACCGAUGUUGCUCGCUCUACUUUACGCAAUCGCGACGAUUACCAGUUGCUUCGCGCCAAUCCUCGUACAGAGAUUCGGGACGAACCUCGCCAUAAGCUCUAGUCACGUGGCUACCACUAUUUUCGUGGGAUUGCAUUUAUAUCCAAAGUGGUACAUAUUAUUACCUAGUUACGCGAUGCUCGGUGCUUGUAUGAGUCCAAAUUUCAUAGCAAGAGUUUCACAUGUAAAUGCUUCAGCGACGAGUUUAGCUCUGGUGUGCGUCGAUCCCGAGGAUCCUGACGAAACAAGACGCGAGUGCCUUCUAAGAAGACUUAAUCGAGGAAUCAAAUUAGCAGAAGACAUAGGUCUCGCACUGGGUUGUUUAAUCGCUGCCAUACUUGUAAAAUUAACAGACUUGGUACCUCUUAAUACAGUAAGCAGUGAGAUAAAUGACAAGUGUGGAGCAGAGUACUGUCCAGAAGAAAUUUAUCUAUAUAAUAGCACAAUUAAUUUACCUACAUUAUCAUCUGGUACAUCACAAAUAUUGGUCAGCAUAUGGCUGGGUCUUGCUGUAUUAGGAUUAGGUAUAUCGUGCGCUUUUCUCGACUCUCGAAUGAAGGAACCACAGAGUGUAAAUGAAAAGCACAGCAUUCAAAAUAUUCUGCAAUCUGUGAAAGCUGCGUUCCUAGAUCCUAAAUUACAGUUAGCUGCACCAUUGACGCUUUUCAUCGGACUUGAACAGGGUUUCAUCUAUGCCGAUUUUAUAGAAGCAUACGUAGUCUGCGCCCUGGGAGGAGCUAGCACAGUAACGAUCAGUUUUUUAGCACUAGCUUCCUUGCAAGCUCUUGCUGAUGUCACCCUAUCGAUGUUACUACGACAUAUUAAAAGAUAUUUCGUCGUAGUUGUAGGAUUUGUAUUCCAUGCAUGCUUACUGCUGGUCUUGAUCACCUGGAGACCAUCUGGCGAUGACCCUGCACUUUUUCACGUUAUAUCUGCUGCCUGGGGAGUCUGCAACUCUAUUUGGGAAACUCUAAUAUACACUCUGGUAAUGGGCUUAUAUCCAAACUCUUGGCAAGGACCUCUAUCGACGUCCCUCUUCUGGAAAUGGCUUGGUCUUGCACUUACUCUUGGUUUACACGGACUGGUCUGCACACGACUUAGAGUACUUGGUCUUUCCGUUGUGCUAAUUCUCUCAGUGCUUCCUUACGCAUGGUUAGAGAUUAGACUGGCCAAAAGAGGGAAAAGUUUGGCACCAUUGUGACUGGGAGAUCCAACUACCAAUGAUCAUGGAUCAAAUAUCAAAACAGAGGCACGUUAUAGAGAUUGAGAUAAGUUCGUUCCAUUCGGCUUAAGAAGGACUAGAAGACACAACAGAAACAGAAAUCCUUUCAUAGAACAAGCUGCAACUAUGACAAAAUUGCGCACGCGAC